UACAAAAACCUGAAAAACGGAAAUGCCUCCGCGACACGGCCCUCAGCAAGCACAGGCACAACCGCUGUCGUCCGAGCUUAAAAGAGCGCUUCAGGGCGUUCCAGGUUUGAUAGCUCGAGUCCUCGCCUCGCCGGUCGCGAUUCCUGAUCAUGACGCUGAGCAGCUUGUGGAGUACUAUACAGUCCUUGAUGGCACGUUGGCAGCAGCCGAAAAUAAUGACGGGGACAUGAAGGCAAUUGAGUUGCUGAAUGCGCUGGGCAGCCGCAAGGACACGUUCCUUGCGAGCACUCUCAAGCUCCUUGCGACCGCCACGCGGAUGGCUGUGCUGAGGCGUAACAAACAGUUCUUCAAGUGCGUUUCUGGCUGCUUGCGGCUCCUGUUUUCGUGCUGGCGCUUUCUGCAAGCCAACCCGCUGGUGUCUGCGGCUGCGUGCGACGCGGUCCUGCGCACCCUGCUGGCGGUUGUGCGCAUGGGCACCUUCCAGGCCCUGGCGCGGCAGGCGAUGGACGCCACGGCGGCAUUGCAGAGCCACGGGGCUGGCAGUAGCAGCAGCAGCGGCGCCCCCACGGAUGACAGUAACAGCAGCGGCGCCCCCGCGGGCGGCAGUAGCAGCAACAGUGGAAGCAGCAGCAGCGGCGGCGCCCGCGCGGACCAGAACGGCGCGUUCAUGUGCAUGGCGAUGAGCGCCAGCAUCCUGAAGCUCUGCCUCGCCGUGCUGACGAACCUCCAGGGCAUGGCGGAGGGCGGCAGGCUGCCGGCAGCAGCCGGGCCCGCACAGGACAGCGGCAGUGACGGCGGCAACCCGCUGCCCGCCCAGCUGGGCCUGUCUGAUUUUUACCGGCACUACGCGCCGGAGCUGCUGGCCGCGUUGGCCGACAGCGGUGUGAUGGAGCAGCAGGCGCGGCUGCUGAUUGCGCUGGCGCCGGUGUCAUUGUCGUUGUCGUCAGGCAACAGCGGGGCAUGGGGUUCGUUUGAAGUCACAGUGGGGGACUGGCUGCUCUCAGUCAUCAGUUUGAGCUCGCUGCCAGCCGCUUUCGCCCGGAGCACCUCGAUGAAGGUUCUGCUGCCUGGCGACACGGCCGCUGCCGUCACCAGGCGCCUGCACCGCCACGUCAGGCGCCUCAUCACGGGCCCCUGCGUGCAGUUCUGCACCCUAUCCCUGGGCCUGGCGACGUUGUGCGCCGCUGACGGCGGCCGCAGCUACGGCGCGCCGGCGGAGCUGCUGGCCGCGCUGGCGCAGAGCUGCGGCGGGCGGAGCGCAAGCGACAACAGCAGUAGUGGCGGCGGUGGCGGCGGUGGCGGCGGCCUAGCUGGUGGCUUCGCCGCAACGGCUCCAGCAGCAGGCACGGCCGCGCCAUUGCUGCUAGGUGGUGACCGGGGCAUCGGCGUGCUAUUGCAGGCUCUGCAGCUGCCGCUUGCAGCAGGCAUCAUGGAGGCUGCCUGGUGUGCGCCAGGUUCGCAAGGCAGGGAAGCCGCCGCUGCGGACGGGCUGCAGCAGCAGAACGCCGCGCUGCCGCUGCGCGCGGUCCUGGACAUUGGCCUGCGAUGUGGGGACCUGGCGGCUGCGUCUGGGGCAUACCAUGCAGCUCUGCACGGCGCCGGCCAAGGACGCGAUGCGGGGGCGGCAGCGGCGGCGCUUGCCGCGGCGUGGGCGUCCUUGUGCAGCGCUGGCAGCAGUGUGGGGCCGCGGCGGCCGUCACCUGCCCCGCCGCGCGGCCUGCUGCCAGCGCCGGGGUUUGUGGCCGUCGGCGUAGCGGCGCUGCGGGUGACGCAGUUGCGCCUGAUGGAUGCCAGCCGUUGCACCAUCUCCGCCAACCGCAUACCGGACGCGACCUUGGUCGAGUCUCUCGCCGCAGUGGCUGAUCGCAGGUGGUGGCGGCAGGCGGCGCUGCUGCUGCGUCACGGGUUGGGCGGCGCGGACACAGACUUGAGGGAUGAAGUGCAGAUGCUGCUGGUGCAGGGCAUACGCGACGUGCACACUGCGCUGGCGAGCGAGGCCGCAUGGCCGACGGCCGCCACCGAGGGGGGACCAGCAGGGAAUGCGCAUGCGGCGGACCGGUCACCGAGCAGCGCGACAGCCGCACCUGCGCGCUCAGAGCCUUUGGCGCAGCUGCAGCAGGGGAAGGCGCCCGUGCGUGUGGGCCUGCGUGCGGAGCUGUGCGCGGGAGGGCUGCUGCCUGACCUGCUGGAGGGCGCGUUCCGCCGCUGCGCGCGGGAACCCCGGGGUGCAGACCGGCACGUAGCAAACCGGCUUGCGGCGGGCCUGAACACACGCGUGGAGCUGUUCGUGUGGCUGCUGAUGACCGCCCCAGCGCGGGAGGCGGCAUCGCUGGUGUUGACGAUGGGCAAGCUCCUGCGCCGAGCGAACUCCGACGCCUACGCGCCGGUUGGCGGCAUGUUCGCGAUUUAUCGGCUGGUCGUGAUGACGCUCGAACACUGUCGCCUAGCGGCGUUGGCCAACUGUGACACGGCGGCCAGCGGCACCGCACCUGCGAAUCUGCCGCAGCCCUCCGUAUGCGGCGGGCUGGGGAACACGACGGAGGUGGCUUCGGAGCCGGGCGUGUUGGUUCAGACUCGUAGGGCGUUGGCGUCAGAGCGCAUGUUGGCGCUCAAGGCCCUGAUGGUGCGGGAGUGGCUGCCGGCGCUGUUCGAGCACGCCCGCCGCAGCACACCGGUUGGGGCACGGCCGGACUCGCCGCUCCAGGGCCUGUGCUGCCUGGGCUGGUUGACGACGCUGGUGGAGCACUGCGUUGUGGGUUGCAGUGGAGGCGGCGCGGGGUCCUCUGGCGCUGCGGGUGGCGCCGCGGGCAGCAGCAGCAGCAACGCUGAGCACGGGUGGGACCCCGAGCUGCGCCGCUUCGUCCUGCAUGACCUGUGCGCGGCGGCGCACCUGCAGUCGAGCCUGCGCGCCCACAACACGAUGCGCCUGAGGGGAGCCGAUGCCUCUGCCCGCGUUGCAACGGCGCAGCUAGUCGCUGAGGCGUGCGUGGCCUACGCCGCACUCGCGCCGGAGGAGUGGCGGUCGUGGGAGGGGGCGGAGGGCGCCGAGGAGCCGUGGGUGGCGUACCUGGUUGCUGUGCGGGCGGACCUCACGUCCUCAGCGGGCGGGCCGCACACAUCUGGCGCGCAGCACAGCCCCCACUUCAGGCGCCUGGUGGACUGGGCCAUGGGCAUGCGCGGCGGCAAGGAGGCGCAGAAGCGCAGCCAGGCCGCCGCCUGGAGCGGCCUGCUGGCAGACAUGCGCGCGGCGGUUGCGGGCAGGCGGGCGCUGUGGGCGAGUGCGCUGCCGCGCGGGCAGCUGGUGCUGCUGCCGCUGAGCGAGGCCGGCAGGGCACUGCAGCUGCCGCGGCGGUGCUCCAAUCCUGCUUGCGUCGAGCUGGAGGGCGACUGCGAGGCGGAGCGGCCGCUCAAGGCGUGUGGCGGCUGCGGCGGCGCGGCUGUGUACUGCUGCAAGGGCUGCCAGCGAGCGCACUGGCGGGCGGGGCACAGCCAGGCGUGCGACCAGCAGGCGCCCAAGGGCAACGGCGGCGGCUAGAGAAACCAGGCCUGCUCGCAGCGGGGCCAGGAGCAACGCUGUUACAAUGGCUGUUGUUAGCCACUCAUCUACACAUGCUGUUCCAAAGUGUGCCUCCUGGCGUGUUUUUGGGGUCUGGCGUGCGCCCCAGCCCGCUUUCAAGGCUGCGACCAAGUGUAACUGACUAUUUGCGCCCUGACGCCCCACCCAGCGGCGCGCCAUUAAUUAUUAAGAGCGUUUGCUGUGAGAAUACGCUGGUCAAAGCAGAUGCACUUUGUGGGGUGGAAGGAUGUGGGGUGGCAGGAAGGAUGCUCGCACAAACAAGUGGUCUAUAUCGUUGUGAAUCAUGUUUAGGCGCUUAGUAGGCGCUUAGUAGGCGCCCGCGUCAAGGUGGCUGGGUUGAUAACGACCCGGGAUCAGCCCUUUUCCUGCCUAAGGCAGCCACCUCCUUGUUGUAAUCCACUCGCGCCGCUGGCCGCGAGAUGAACAGCGCAUGUGCACUUUGUUUUGACCAGCCCUGCGUGCGCAUUGCUGAAUUCAUUUAUUGGUGGGCGAGGCCAACCACUGUUGGGAGUGGCGGAGCCAUGUGUGGCAAGGGAGGUGGGUGUGUUUCAGGAAGCUGAGGCAACAUUGAUCAUCCGAUUGUCGUGCACCAAGGCCCUGAUAUGUUGGACGCGUAGCGAUGUCAUGACAUCUUUUUAGAAUAACUCGGACGCAGUUUAUAAGCCAGUGACGCGGAGUGCAAUCACCCUGAUCUGCCCUGCGUCCUGGACCCUAGAUUGCAUUGGUUACAAGCGGGACUGCUGACGCAGCGGGACUGCUGACACAGUGACCCUAGUGGCCUGCCACCUGAGUACCCGACUUCCCGUCGGCCUACCCAAUCUCUGGUAGGCUUGAUCUUUUGUAAAUUGAAACUCAA